CCGAGUUUGAGUGGCAAGUUGUUUGUUAGACUGUAACACCAGCUGCUUUCUGCACUCGGGAGCUGCGCGUCUCCUCUGCCCCUCAACUCCUCCUGCGGCGGCUCCGAGCCUCGGCUCGCUGUUUCUCUCCGCCGCCCGCGGCUGGGGCAGCCCGAGCAACUUUGGGGCGCUGCUUUUGCCUCUCCCCCCAAGCCCUGGGCUUCUCCUCCUCCACGUCCCCCAGCGCCGGGAGCCGCGCCGAACCCCUCCCCUCCAAUCAGCCCCGCCGACGGUGCCCCGUGGGGGGGAGGGGGCGGGGGCCGGGGAAGGGGGGGGCGCUGAAGGGAGUGAGACCCCCGUGCGCCCCUCGGAUGAACUAACUCCCAAUGAGAAAGAGGAAAAGAUGGAGCUUCACAUCUUAGAACACCGGCUGAAAGUGGCCAGCAUAGCCAAGGAGAGCGUGCCUCUGUUUACCUACGGGCUCAUCAAACUUGCCUUCCUGUCCUCCAAGACCAGGUGCAAGUUCUUCAGCUUGACCGAAACGCCAGAGGAUUACACCAUCAUCGUGGAUGAAGAGGGCUUCCUGGAGCUACCGUCCUCAGAGCAACUUAGUGUGGCCGACGCAACAUGGCUAGCCCUGAAUGUGGUGUCCGGUGGGGGAAGUUUCUCCAGUUCCCAGCCCAUCGGGGUGACCAAGAUCGCCAAGUCGGUGAUUGCCCCACUGGCCGACCAGAAUAUCUCUGUGUUCAUGCUUUCUACCUAUCAGACGGACUUCAUCUUGGUACGCGAGCGGGACCUGCCCUUUGUCACACACACCUUGGCGGCUGAAUUCACCAUACUUCGGGUCGUCAACGGGGAGAUGGCAGCCGACAACCUGGGCAUCACCAAUGGCUUUGUGAAACCAAGAUGGGUAAGAGGAAGGCCGGUCAUUCACCCUCUCUCCAGCCCCAGUAACAUGUUUUGUGUCACCAGCCUGGAUCCUGACACACUCCCCACCGUGGCCACACUCCUGAUGGACGUCAUGUUUUACUCCAAUGGAGUGAAGGAGGCCGUGGUAAGCAAUGAGGACGGUGGCCACAUCCGCUUCUUCUCCUUCUCCUUGAUCGAAGGCUACAUCUCCUUAGUGAUGGACGUGCAGACUCAGCAGAGGUUCCCAAAUAAUCUGUUGUUCACGAGCGCAUCUGGAGAGCUCUGGAAGAUGGUGCGGAUCGGAGGACAGCCCCUCGGCUUUGAUGAAUGUGGGAUCGUCGCUCAGAUCUCCGAGCCUUUGGCAGCCGCUGACAUCCCUGCCUACUACAUCAGUACUUUUAAGUUUGACCAUGCAUUGGUACCAGAAGAAAACAUCAAGGGUGUCAUCAAUGCCUUGAAAGUCAGUCAAGCAGAGAAGCAUUAGACGCUCCCCGUCUUUCCCCUUCCCCCCUCACCCCGGCUCCCCAUCCUCCCUCUGCUUCCAUCCCCUGCCCUCACCCCCCAACAUUCUUCUUGCAGUAUUUCAUAAACCAGAAAAUGGUCUUUAGAGACCCCCACAGACAGAACCAGCAAGGAAGGGCUCUGAAGGAGUCCCCAUCGCCCCGGGGCUGUGAGCGCCAAGGGCCAGUGUUGGGCCUGAAGUGAAGUGGGUUUUGUGUGUGUGUGUGUGUGUGUGUGUGUGUGUGUGUGUGUGUGUGUGUGUGUGUGUGUGUGUGCACGCGUGCGUAUGUGCAUGCAUGCGUGUGUGUGUGUGAGAGAGAGCGCCAACAGCCGUCCUUGCUUCUCUGGAAUUCAAAGCCACCAUGGAUGGGCGCAGACCCCCAACACUCCCACAGAUGAAGCAAGCAAGGGGAGACGCGCCCGCCCCCAGCUCUUCCCCCUCCUCACCUCAGCGGAGACAGAAAGGCGGGGAGAAGUCGCCAUCUCCCAAGAGGCUGCCGGUUGGCAACGGACGGUAGUCGGAUGAUGGGAGGGGACAUUCUUUUCUCAGCCUGGUGUGAGACUGUGUCUGGGACCCCUCGGAAUGCUCUCACCCAGCCCCUUCUUCAAGCCCGGGAGUCGUCUUCUUUCAGGCUUCUUGAGUUUUCGAGGGAAUCAGUGGGAGGUGGCCAAGGCCAAGCCCCCCGGCCUCAGAUCUUCUGAUUUCCUCCUCCUAUCACAGAUGCCCAACCAUUGGCACACCCCAUUGCCCUGUUGCUUGGCCUCCGUCCCAUCAUCCCCAGGACCCCCAGAUAGUUCAUCUGGAGGCUGAAGGGAGAAUGUCUCCUCAGCCUGCCCCAGGCUUUAGAAGGAGCCAGCCCUUUGCGGAGCGGGGGAGGUAGUGGAUUCCCUUACGAGCCUUCUGAAGGUGGGGAGAUCAGAUUUCCCAGGGCCAGAAGGGAAUAUGGUUUUGUCCUCGCUAGUAACUUUGCCUAGAUUCUCACCCCAGGACCUCCCUUCUGAACCCAGAGGGGGCAGGAGUGUGGGAUGGUAGAAAAGGACCCUCCGCUGGGGUGAUUUUAAUCUCCCCACCACGAUCCCUUUGGCCCUUCUGCUGCCCCUGGGUCACCUAGGCUGGGGGACUUCACUGAGACCCUCCAGGAAAAUCGCCCUCUUCCCUCUCCCAGAGUUGUAAAACCACACAGCCAAAGGUACUUAGAACUGCUGGCCCAGCGGCCUUGGUCCUUCCAAGCCAUCUGUAGCCUCCGCCACACAGGCAACGCUCCCCUCCAACCUCAGCCGCCUGUGUUUGGCCACAGGGGCUCCGCGUGCUGCGGACAGGAGGAGCUCACUGGCCUCAUCGUCAGGUCCACAGACUGCUCCUAGAACUUUCCACCAAUUGACCCUGUGGUCAGACCUGCCCCUUCCCCACCACCCCCUCCCAUGCCUUCCCCAGAGAAAUGUAGCCUACACAACAGGGAAGACCCCAAUGCCCCCUCUUCCAGUAAAAGUAGCUGUCACACUCUCCUAGAGGAUCCCCCUUGAGUGGCUUCAGCCUGUAAGACCCUAAUAGUGAUAGGGGCCUAGCAGCACUCAGGCUCUGCCCCACCCCCCCAAAAAAAAUACAACAGAUCUUGUCCAUCUUUGGGGCAGGGGGUCUCAUACCCUCUCAGGCCUUAGGUUUCAUUGGGCCAAAGGCCUGUGCCCCCAUUUACAACCACAGCCAGCAACUGUAUCUGCCUAAGACUCAUGUCUCCCCUUUGAAAUGUCUGGGGGCCUCUCUGAGGCCCGCCCCUUAUCCCAGAGCUGUAUACCCAGCUCUGUAGAGGAAAGUGAAAAGCUGGUGCCUCCCUUUGCCCAUCAGCCUCCCCCAUGGUCCCUCACCCCGUGCCACGUGGCAUUCAUCAAGCAAUUACUUGAACUCAGAGGCCACUUUAAUGAGCCUUAAUAGGAAGAGAAAAUAAUGACCUUGUUUUAGUUUCUUAUUUAAAGUGUUUUUUGCACUCAGGCUGUUUAGUAAAGUUAAUCUGGUGGCGUGGGAGGAGAAGGGGGAGCCCUUGUCAGUGAGGGCUGGGGUUGUAGAGGAUCGCCCACCCCAUUUCUCCCAUUCACCCUCCAUGCCCCUCAAAUUCACACAUCCGAGUGUCCUGAGCCACGCAGAGUCCAGGGUCAGCAUGCUCACCUCGGGUGUGUGCAUCCAGGCCUGGGUCUGAGCAGUGAGGGUGGGAGGGGAGACCAAAGAGAAGGCUGUGAACAUGGUGGGGAGGAUGGUUUCCAUUGAAUUGGGCCCACCCUCCUUGGGUCCAUUAUCAGAACAGCAGAUCUGUCCUCAAGGACGCAGCUUUCUGCUCUGGUUUCCAUCCAGAAGAUGGAUGAAACAGCUUACCCAGACCACCAAAGGGGAAUGCAGAGCAUUCUGAGCAGGGUCCCGUGACCGCCAUCAUUCCUGGCCUCCACAGCUCCUUCCCCUAUGCCCUUCUUGCCAAGGUCAGUCGAGUUGCACUGUUUCUCAGAAACGUGAUGAAGUCCCUUUUUCCCUGAUUCAUUUUUUCCAGGGGGUUGAGGAGAGGGGCCGAGUGAGCUCCCUCCCCCAGCAUACACUCACACCCCAUUCUUAUCCUGACCUUGCUGGAGGGAGCUUGUCUGGGCCCCUGUUUGUGAGGAAUGGAGAGGAUAGUGGACAGAGGGAGGGUGGGGGUGUGGAGCUAUCCAUCGGGAUCCAUUUUGAUUCAUCUCAGCAUGGAAGCCUCCCCUCCCCCUUUUAAAAAAUUAUCGUCUUUGAUUUUGCACAAAACUCUGAAAUAACCAAAAGUUGUCAGUUCCUUGCUGAUCCCUAGAGGGGCAGGUGUCAGAGAAACGACGGACGGCAAGCCACAGCUGUCUGGUCCCUCAGAUGCCUGGGUCAGCCCAAAUCCUCCCCCACCCCUCCUUUUCCUUUGACUUCCCCACGCAUCCCUCCCUACUGUGUGGCGCGAGUCUGUGCGUCCAUCUGUCCAAACCCUCAGAAUGCUUUGUGUUCACCCGGACAUGACCCUGUUGGACACACAUAUAAAUACCUGUGUUUUAUGUUGAUAGAGAUAUAUAUAUAUAUAUAUAUAUAUAUAUAUAUAUAUGCUGUAAAUAGCGUAUAUACCUGAGCAAUAUAUAUAUAUGUUAAUAUAUACUGUGAGUGUGUGAGUGCGUCCACGCAUGUGCGGACACAUCCCAGUUGGAGAGGCACGGGAGUGCCCGUGGGGUGCUGCGACCGUGGCAUCUGUCUCCUGGUCCAUGUGCUGGGCAUGUGCGGCACGGCUACGCACACACAUAGUCACCAUAUAUUUUUAAUUCAGAUAUAUGGGCAAUACAACUAUUUAGAUAAGCCGUACGGAUUUUCCGAACCUGAUGUCCAACAACCAGCAGCCACAGUUCACCUGGGGUCAGAGUCGGGGCCGGAAGCCCCAGGACGCGAAGCUCGAGCCGGUCUCUGACCUCAUCUGUUUUGUCCUGUAGCCAGUGGGCUCGCCGCCCUGCCCUCUCCCGCCAUGGCCUCCCUGGUCAGUCGUGACAGAAUCCAGACCAGAUUCUGGUCACUGUAGCCUGGUUUGCUUGCUUUGGGGGCAUGGGAGGGGCACUCUUUCGGUUUGGCUUUUCGUGACGUAGCUGCUCCACUAUGCUCCCCUAUUGGGUUGGUGGGCCCCCGGGAUGGGGUGUCCUUCAGCCUGUUAUAGUGGUCAUCUUUGCUGUGGCGAGGAAGCGUUUUCCCUUAAGGGUGGGAACAGGGUGGGCGUUCCUUCCUCUGUCUCCCAAGAAUUGCCCUUGGCAUUUGACCUAAGGAAGGUUUUCCUCCAUUUUCUUUUUUAAUAUUCUUGUUGUUAGACUAGUCCUUUUCAGGAGAGGAUACCUUUGAUGGACUGUCAGCAGGGGCACAGGUAGGGCAGCCGGGGCCUGGCCUGGACUUCAGCUCUCAGACCCUGAAUCCGGAUUUGGGGUGGGCGCUGUCCAAGCCCAUAACUGCUGACGAGUGUUGGAGUCUCAUCCUGACACCCUAGAGUCCAAGGAGACAUUGGGUGCUUUAUUUUGCCUGCUUGAAAAGGGUGCUGUGGUUUGGGGUUGUUUUGGGGGGAGGGGGGUUGUGAGUGUGUAUGAAUCAUGUAGCUUCUAAGUAGUUUGACCUUUGUUGUUCUUCCAGACAAGAUGUGACUUAGUAGCCCUUGUCUGCUGCCUCUACUGGCCAUCUGGCCACAUCCUCACUCUCUGGGGGCCUCCCAGAGGCCAGAUCCCGCCUGCUCUAAGAGGAAAUGGGGAAUGGGGGCAUUUUCUGUUUUUUUGUUGUUGUUAUCAGAGGGCCUGAUUUAGGCAGGGCAUUUCCAUUUCCACUGUUUCUCAUGCAUCAGCUCAGUCAUCUCCCUCCUCCACUCUUCCUCCUCCUCCUCCUCAUCUUUUGGCCAGCCCCUCCAAAGGGCAUGGAUGAUGCAAUCCUGGACAGUAUUUAUUCUCACCAAGAACCCCAGCAGAUUCAAAACUUGCCCAGGGAAAGGAGGGGUGGUGGGCCAGGGUGGCCCAAACAGAAUGAGGAAAGCCCCCUGGGCAUCCUGCCAUGGCCCCAGCCUGACAGAAGAGUGUGUGCACAUGUGUGACCACGUGUAUUCGUGUGUCUCCUUCCUCUGGCCAUCUGAAUGACCAGAGAGGAUGCCAGCACAGCUGCCCUCACGAGCUCUGUGCAUUGGGAAUGAGGAAGACCAGGCCAGCGCAGGGGUAUGGAUUGGUGGUGGGAACUGCCUCUUGUGAUUGGGGUUUGGAGUCUUGCCCUGUUCCCUCUGCCCCCUCCCCAGUCCCCCAGCCCCCAAAGCAUCCUGCCCUCAAAAUAAAUGUCCCUUUUAGGGCUGCACACAUUUCUACCUCCUUAGCUUCUCUCAUCACUCAACUCCAUGGCACUUGGUGCCAUUCAAGGGUCACCAGAGCCCUCCAGGAAGCUGAAGUCCUCUGGACUCCCAUGGGAGUCCAUCCCAGUUCUUUAGCUUGAAUGGUGGAGGAGCUCCUGGUUACCUGAGUCCUUCCCUAGCAUCAGAAGGACCCUUGGAGAGAGUGAGUAGGAGUGGGUGGGAUCAUCUCUGAGAACGUGGUCACAUUUACACCCCCUUCCCCUCGUGUUGGACAGGGUGGAGGAACAGCCCUGAGAUAGUUAAUGACCAGAGAGAACCCUCCAGCCCUAGAAGGUAGUGGAAGUCUACAAGGCCCUAGGCCAAGAUGGGAAAUGCUCAGAGCAGGGAGCUGUUGGAAGAGGCCAGUGAUCUGGAGAAGUUGUGCUGGGUUUUUUAAACAAGCAACUACAAAUAGGGAUACUCUCAGUAGCUGCUCUGCCCUAAGUGGAUGGGUGGGUUUCCCAAAAGAGCUUUUUCCUCGAGUCUCCAGAGAAGAAAAGGAAGAAGUUAAUGGAGCAGGGUCUUUUGAAGGGCUAGAACAGGGUUCCAUAAAGUUGGUUAAUGCUUACCUAUUUGUCUUAAAUGUAGGAAACUCUUGAGCCCCUAGUGGACCACUGACCUGGUAUCUUUACCUGUCUUCUUCUGGAAUAGGGCUGGUUACAAAGGGCAGUGUUAGGCUACUACCCUUCCCAACAGAUAGGAGAGAACAGUCCUUGUCCUGCUGAACCACCAAAACGCUUGUGUUUCUGGGGUGAGGCGUGAGAAAAGAGACCAGUGGGGCUGAGCCAGGCCAGAUCUCCCAAAAGAAAGAACUUGACCACCCCGAGUGUUGAAAAUCUUAAGUAAGUUCAAGAUUUUUGCUUUUUUUAAUGCUCUAUCUGUUAGUUUUCCUGGAUUGUUUUGGUUUUUUUACCCUCACUUCCUUCAAUAAGCUGCUAAAACAUAUCUGUUUUAAUGCAGCCUUCUUGUAAUUGAGAUUACCUGCUAGAUUGUCAGUUCCCUUAAUGCCAUGCCAAAGGCUAAAUCUCCUGGUCUCAGAAAGACCCUUGUGCAUAGUGGUCCCCCCCCUUUCCCCCAGACAGAGCUUCUGGGACAUUCUGUGAUCUGGUGACUCUUCAGCUCCCUGUCCUCGUUCUUUCCACCUACUUUCUUUGAGGAAGGGAGAAGGUAGGAAAAAGCUUCUGAGCAUGGCCUUCCAGCUGGAGCUGGAAAUGCACUACCGACUAUGCACCCAUUCUGUAGAUUUGGAUAUUAGGAUUACAUUAGUCAAGCUUCCAUCCAGUAGAGGAAGAGGUAACUCGCCUUUCACAGUGCCACCAAGCAGGGGGAUCACCAAUUCCUGGGAACAGGAAGGCCCCAAGGAAAGGAAGUAGGCUUGGCAAGCUGCUUUGUUCAUUGACCCCUUUUUGUGGCCUCUUUAAAAAAUAUGAGUGCCUGGGAAAGGACCAUUUUUACCUUGAGGAUGGAUACCAUUCAGCAGUUUGACUCGAAAGUAGAUAAAACAGAGGGCUGUCUUUCUGAGUAGCUAACGGCAACCUAAAGGUGACCUGAUUGGCUGGGCGGCACAUGGUAUUUGGUGGGAGGAGAUCUUUUCCCAACCCAAGGGGAAUUCUAGCAAGAAAUUAAGACCAUAAGUGUUAUCAUUUUUCAGAAAGUGUUUCUUUGAGGUACUGGAUUGGGAGCAGAAGAAAAGAGGUCAAAGCUGGAGAAGGCCCAUGAUUGGCUGCCAUCUUGCGCCACACCAGGAUCUAGCUUGAUAACCAUUUGAAAUGUUGCCCCCUGUCCGCCUCCCCUUUCCUCCCCUUUCUUCCAGACACUGGACAAAAUAGCUUCUGCGAAGGGGGUUGUUUUCCAAGGGAACGAGUGAUGUCUUGUGCUGUGGUCUGUGUGUGGGUGUGAGCAUUUAUUUCUGUUGUUGGCGGGCUGGGCCUGCCUCUUUCCCUGCUUGACCUCAGCUCCUUCUCAUGCAGAAGCCAAUCUCAAGUCCGGAUUAUCCCCAUCUCUCUAAUGAUCCUUAAGUUAAUAACAGCAAAAAGGCGAAUGUCUCUCUCCUUCCACCUUCCCAGGGAAUCUUACUGAGUGGAGCCAUUGAGUCAGCCUUCGGCCCAUUUCCCAUUUAUGUAUAUUUUUGGAUGUGAGAUGGCAGCACGUUCUAUUGUUGUCCUUCAGAGUGAUGUCAGUGACUAUGGGCCACUGGGAAGGGGUUCUGUGGUAGGCAGAGGCAGUGGGCACAGAAGUUCUUGGGAUGUUGCUUUGGGAUGCCCUAUUGGACCCUAGAAUCCUCUGGGGGUCAGGAAGGCAUGGGGCAGUCCAAGCUCAAGAAUGAGGGAUCACUCUCCAGCCAAGUGUCUAUAGUGAGACUAUGAUAUGUGAUGGGUAGGAAGUUACAGGGGCAAGGAGGAGGGAAGAGCGUGCACUGAACACGAUCAUUUAGUGGCCCUGUUGAACACCAAGCCAAGGCCCUCUAUGCUUUUCCACCCUCCAGGAGCUGGUUUCCCUAAACAGGCCUACCCAAUUUCCAUGGCUUCUAGAAUGUUUAACAUCAGGCCAGAAGCAGUGCGAGGGUUAAGAGCUCAUACCUGAGACAGCCCAAGUCCUACAUUGAGGUCCUAGGGAGAUGGUCGACUUGGCGGACUGUCUAGAAUGCCAUGGUUCCAUCGUACUGGGGGUAAAGUUCCAAGACCAGCUGGAAAGGCUGUGCGGGUCAGGUGCUUAGGUCUUUUCUCCGCAUGGGAGAUGGUGGGGAUUGAUGGCUAUCAGAAAAUACCUUGGUUGACAGAUGGACUGAGAACUCUUUGAUUAGAGGGCAGGAAAAUUGGUCCUCUUAAAAACGUAGUACGAUGGCAGAGGGAAAGAAGAGGCAAAAUCUGCCCUCUUGGAAUGGGAGGGUUGGAGAGGGUCCUCUUGGGAACAUUUGCCUUCUGGGAAUGGCCAAAAUGAUGGUUUCCUAUCGGGAUGGGUAUGUGUGGGUGUGUGGGGGUGUGUACGUGCACACGCGUGCACUGGUAGGGAAUGAGUGUGGGUGGGUGGGUGAAGGUAUCUGGAUGGAUGUGUUCGUGUGUGAAGGUACCCAGUCCAUUCAGUAUUGAGGGAUAGACCUCCUGGCUCGAUGUUUGCUUAUAGGUGCAGUUUACAGAGUGAGUGGCCAGUGAUGUCACAGCAUCCCUCUGCCCUCGGGCUCAGAGGGCACCCCACUGGAGUCUGUAAGCCCCCUACCUUGUCUGCCCACUGCUUGUGGGAUGCUCUGCAUGUUGUGCAUGGGCGUGUGCACCCCUUCUACCUCUGUGAGGGAUGCACGUAGUUCUGUUUGUUUUUUUUCCAAAUAAGUACUGUAGCAGGGCCAGAAAGGACACGUGAGGGGGACAGAAAGGAAGGGAUCGCUGAAUGUCCUUAGGAGCAUCAGCCCCGGCUGGUGGCGUUACCUCAUCCCUCUUUCAGAAGCCCCUUUUCAGAGCCUGGGGGCUGUCGUGACUUUGAGCCCGUGGAAAAUGGGACACUCUCUGUCCCCUGCUCCAAGUAUGGUGCCUGCCCACCCCCUAAACCCAUCCCUGCCACCACCCACGUGGAGAGCACUGACCUCUUCAAGACUUCCAUCCCAUCCUCCAUCCCCAAACCAGGUAAAAGACCUCAGCUUCUUCUGGUGGCUCAAGCCAGUGAGGAGGGGGAAGGGGAGAACUUUCUGGAGCUUCUGCUCUGGGGGAGAGGGAGCAGCCGAUCGCCCUCUUUUGUGAUGUCAUCUGGCAUGGAUGAAAGCGCAAUCGAGGGCCAGUUGUAACCUAGUCGGCCUCCUUAACUCCCCUUGGGCCCCAGGAGAGCUGCUCUCCCAUCCCUUCCCCGAGGCCACCAUCACCCUCCCCAUCACUCCCUGUUCUGGAAUGCUGUCGAGCCAUGCUGUAGGCGUAACCCCAGUGGAACCUGGGAGACAGGCAUGUCCUAGAGCCCAGAGGGGGAAUCAGGUAUUUGGGGAAGCUGCUCAGUGGAGGGCAAUGAUGGUGUAAAUUUUUUUGGAGAGCCCUCAGGAGGGCUGGAGGGAUUCACAAACUGCUGCUGCCACCACAACCAGAACGAGAAACCCUUUUCAUGACCCUGAAGUGAUGGCAAGGCAGGGGUGAGGGGCAGGAGAGCUCAUGACUGUUGGGUGGCAGCUCUCUCUGUUCUCCGGCUGGUGUCCCAUCCAUCCCCGCCCCCAUCCCCCCUUCCUAGCUCUUUUAUGUGCUGUUCCCCCCCUCUUUCUGAAGAUGCCAGCCCAGAGCACUUGGCUAGGACCAUCCCUGAGUCACCCAACAGCCACACCACCAGCAUCAGCCACUCUGGAGCACCUUGGCCUUGUGGUCGGGAUGGACGGGAAGAUGGUGGGGCGAAGAGGUGGGGGGAAGAAGUCACGAGGCUGCUUCGGGGCUCCCUCUCCUCCCUCCAGGGUCCUCCCAUUUCUUUGGGGGUCUUGGGCAGAAGAGAAACAAAAAUCCUGGAGAUUCACGUACUGUACAAGGGAGAGAGAAAGAGGAAAAAAAUACCUAAUGUCCCCAAACAAAUGACAGUAUAUUUUGUACUUUGUAAAGUGUUAAUUAAAACAGAGAAAAAAAAAGUUAACCGAA